AGACCCAAUGUUUCUGGCUCGGCGGGUCCACCGCACCUCCACUGUAUUAUCGGCACCAGACCGGUCCGACACCGUAUCGGAACUCGAAGCAUCGUCCUCGCCAGUUCCUCUUCGCUUCUCCCAGGAAAAACGGAAAAUUUCUAGGGUGUUCGGAGCACUCGCAGAAGAAAAUCUAGGGUUUAGAGAAGGAGGAGAGGAUCUACAUCGGAAAAAUUUGAGCAAGAAUCCGAGAACAAUAUGCUGGUCUCGUUGCCUCGCCUGACAAAGUCUCUCAGAGAUCACUACGACGUCGAUCAUGCUUACCUCCAGCGCAAGACGAUCCUCCAGAAUCUCCAAUCAAGAAGAUCGCGUGAUGAUUCGGAACUUGCGCGGAAGUUGGUUCCUGGAUGGGAUGAAGCUUCAAGUGAUGUGCGCCAAGCAUAUAAACAAUUUCUUGGUGCUAUAGUGGAGUUGAUAAAUGAUGAGGUGGCCUCAGAAGAAUUUCAGGAAGUGGCAAAAGCUGUUUAUGAUCUGUUUAGGGGGCCAGAUGUGGACUAUGAUGUUACUAAGAGGAUUGCUGAGAAAAGGGGAGAGUUGCAUAGGCUUGUUGGUUACUAUGUUCCAGAUUCGAGUAUCCAGAAAGUAGCUGUGUCAGCUCAGAGACUUUUUACUUUGCAGUGUAGUAGCCAUGAGGCUGCACUAAUCCAGGAAAGUGUGAUUGAUGGAGCUGCAGAUAAUAACAGUGAAUUUGGUGCUAGUAUUCUUUUUCAAUCUCCUUCUCGCUUUGUGAUGGAUGUGCCAUUGGAAGAUGGUAUAUCCUUGGCCAAUGAUUGUGGUACUACUGCACCAUUCCUUGUGGAGCAGUAUGAUAACAUAGUAUCUGGCCAUCAUCAUUCAAGUCCUGAGCCGGGAACAGUGAGUUUGAGAUGGCUGAAAGAUGCAUGUGAUCUUAUAGUAAAGAGGGGUGGCUCUCAGCUUUCUGGAGAUGAGCUUGCAAUGGCACUUUGUCGGGUGCUCCUGUCAAACAAAGCAGGCGAUGAGAUAGCUGGUGAUUUGUUGGAUCUUGUUGGUGAUGGUGCAUUUGAAACCGUACAAGAUUUAUUGUUGCAUCGGAAGGAGCUAGUGGAGGUGAUUCAACAUGGGUUGCUCAUACUUAAAUCUGAGAAAUUGUCUUCAAGCAGUCAACUGAAGAUGCCGAGCUAUGGCACACAGGUUACCAUACAAACAGAAUCUGAACGGCAAAUCGAUAAACUUAGGCGCAAAGAGGAAAAGCGUCAUAAACGCGGGGCAGAAUAUGGGAGCAUGCAUGAUUUUCCUGCUGAAAGUUUUUUGUCUCUUCUUUUAGCGAGUGAGAAAAAACAACCUUUUGAUGAUCUGAUUGGGACAGGUCGGGGAACAAAUUCUUUCUCAGUCAGUGCUCUUCCUCAGGGAACAAUGAGGAUACAUCAUAAAGGCUAUGAAGAAGUCAGAAUUCCACCCACUCCAACUGUUGCAAUGAAGCCUGAUGAAAAGCUGAUUGAGAUCACAGAACUCGAUGACUUUGCUCAAGUUGCUUUCCAGGGUUAUAAAUCGCUCAACCGCAUUCAGAGCCGUAUUUUUCAAGCAACAUAUCAUACAAACGAAAAUAUACUAGUUUGUGCGCCGACUGGAGCUGGCAAGACAAAUAUUGCUAUGGUUGCUAUUCUUCAUGAGAUCAAGCAGCAUUUCAGGGAUGGAAUUUUGCAUAAAGAUGAGUUUAAAAUUGUAUAUGUUGCUCCAAUGAAGGCUUUGGCAGCUGAGGUGACAUCCACAUUCGGUCGUCGCUUAUCUCCCUUGAAUCUGGCGGUAAAAGAACUUACUGGUGACAUGCAACUCUCUAAGAAUGAGCUCGAGGAAACCCAGAUGAUAGUUACAACACCUGAAAAAUGGGAUGUCAUUACUCGCAAAAGCAGCGACAUGUCAAUGUCAAUGCUGGUGAAACUUCUAAUUAUUGAUGAAGUACACUUGUUGAAUGAUGAUAGAGGCCCUGUGAUAGAAGCGCUAGUUGCUCGAACCCUCCGACAGGUUGAAUCAACACAAUCUAUGAUACGCAUUGUAGGUCUGUCUGCUACCCUACCCAAUUAUUUAGAGGUUGCACAAUUUUUGCGCGUUAAUCCUGAAAGUGGAUUAUUCUUUUUUGAUUCAAGUUAUCGUCCAGUUCCCCUAGCUCAACAGUACAUUGGGAUUAGUGAGAAGGAUUAUACAAAGAAAAUGGAACUGUUUAACUCAAUAUGCUACGAGAAGGUAGUAGAUACAUUAAAGCAAGGACAUCAAGCAAUGGUUUUUGUUCAUUCUCGCAAGGACACAGGGAAAACUGCAAGAACACUGGUUGACAUUGCCCAGAAAGCAGGUGAACUAGAAUUAUUUAUGAAUGAUAAACAUCCUCAAUUUUCUUUGAUUAAGAGAGAAGUUAGUAAGUCCAGAAACCGGGAAGUUAUUGAGUUAUUUGAAUUUGGGUUUGGCAUUCAUCAUGCUGGGAUGCUGCGAGCUGAUAGAGGCUUGAUUGAGCGCCUUUUCUCUGAUGGUCUGCUGAAAGUUCUUGUUUGUACUGCAACUUUGGCCUGGGGAGUAAACUUACCUGCUCAUACAGUCAUCAUCAAGGGCACGCAACUAUAUGAUCCCAAGGCUGGUGGGUGGCGGGACUUGGGUAUGCUUGAUGUUAUGCAGAUCUUUGGCCGUGCUGGAAGACCCCAGUUUGACAAAAGUGGCGAAGGCAUUAUUAUGACAACUCAUGACAAAUUGGCUUAUUAUUUGAGACUGUUGACAAGUCAACUCCCUAUAGAAAGCCAGUUCGUAAACUCAUUGAAAGAUAAUUUGAAUGCCGAGGUGGCCUUGGGCACAGUAACAAAUGUCAAGGAAGCAUGUGCAUGGCUUGGAUAUACAUAUUUAUUUAUAAGGAUGAAGACAAAUCCUUUGGUGUACGGAGUAACAUGGGAUGAGGUUAUUGGAGAUCCUUCCUUGACCACCAAACAACGAUCUCUUAUAGUUGAUGCUGCACGAGCCCUUGACAAGGCAAAAAUGAUGCGAUUUGAUGAAAAAAGUGGCAAUUUUUACUGCACAGAGCUUGGUCGCAUAGCAAGCCAUUUCUACCUUCAAUAUUCUAGUGUUGAAACUUAUAAUUUGAUGCUUAGGCGCCACAUGAAUGAUAGCGAAGUAAUUAACAUGGUGGCCCAUUCUUCUGAGUUUGAAAAUAUUGCUGUUAGAGAGGAGGAACAGGAUGAGCUAGAAAAACUGUCUAAAUUUGCAUGCCCAUUAGAAGUAAAGGGUGGACCCACUGAUAAGCAUGGGAAGAUUUCAAUCCUUAUUCAGGUGCACAUAUCACGUGGUUCAAUAGAAAGCUUCUCUAUAAUUUCUGAUGCAGCAUAUAUUUGUGCAAGCUUGGGUCGUAUUAUGCGUGCUUUGUUUGAAAUUUGCUUGCGUAGAGGGUGGUGCGAAAUGUCAUGUUUCAUGUUGGAAUAUUGCAAAGCUGUGGAUCGCCAAAUUUGGCCUCAUCAGCAUCCACUUAGGCAGUUUGACAGGGACCUUUCACAGGAGAUACUAAGAAAACUUGAAGAAAGAGGAGCUGAUUUGGAUCGUCUCUUCGAGAUGGAGGAGAAAGAUAUUGGUGCUCUGAUUCGUUAUGCUCCGGGGGGGAAGUUGGUCAAGCAAUAUUUAGGGUAUUUCCCGAACAUCAUUUUGUCUGCUAGUGUAAGUCCUAUUACCAGAACUGUUCUUAAGGUAGAUCUUCUUAUAACACCCGACUUUGUUUGGAAGGAGCGCUUCCAUGGUGCUGCUCAACGCUGGUUGAUUCUCGUUGAGGAUUCUGAAAAUGACCACAUUUACCAUUCAGAUUUCUUCACAUUGACCAAGAGGAUGGCAAGGGGAGAAUCUCAGAAGAUUUCUUUUACUGUACCAAUAUUUGAACCACAUCCACCACAGUACUUUAUUCAAGCUGUUUCUGAUUCUUGGUUACAUGCAGAGUCACUUUACACCGUGUCUUUCCAUAACCUCACAUUGCCAGAGACACAAAUAUCACACACGGAACUUCUUGAAUUGAAGCCUCUUCCUGUGAGUGCUCUUGGCAAUGAGGCUUAUGAGAACCUAUACAAAUUUUCACACUUCAAUCCAAUCCAAACACAGGCUUUUCAUGUCCUGUAUCACUCAAAUGACAAUGUUCUCUUGGGAGCCCCGACUGGAAGUGGAAAAACUAUAUCAGCUGAGCUAGCGAUGUUACAUCAAUUCAACACGGAACCUGAUAUGAAGGUAGUUUACAUUGCCCCUCUUAAAGCUAUUGUUCGGGAGAGAAUGAAUGACUGGAGAAAGCGGCUUGUUUCUCAACUUGGAAAGAAGAUGGUUGAGAUGACUGGGGAUUUUACUCCGGAUCUUAUGGCAUUAUUGUCAGCUGAUAUCAUAAUUUCUACUCCUGAAAAAUGGGAUGGUAUUAGUCGCAGUUGGCAUAGUCGAAGCUAUGUGAUGAAGGUUGGACUUAUGAUACUGGAUGAGAUUCAUUUGUUAGGAGCUGAUCGUGGACCCAUUCUUGAGGUUAUUGUCUCUAGGAUGAGAUACAUAUCAUCACAGACAGAGCGCUCAAUACGUUUUGUAGGUCUAUCGACAGCAUUGGCGAAUGCCCGUGAUUUGGCUGACUGGUUGGGUAUUGGAGAAAAUGGUCUAUUCAAUUUUAAGCCUAGUGUGAGGCCUGUACCUCUUGAAGUUCACAUUCAGGGAUAUCCGGGGAAGUUUUACUGUCCAAGAAUGAAUAGUAUGAACAAACCUGCAUAUGCUGCCAUAUGUACCCAUUCACCCACGAAGCCAGUUCUUAUUUUUGUUUCAUCUCGCCGUCAGACAAGACUUACUGCACUAGAUCUUAUUCAGCUUGCUGCAUCAGAUGAAAAUCCCAGACAGUUCCUUAAUAUGUCAGAGGCAACACUUGGAAUGGUUCUUUCACAAGUCACUGACAACAACUUGAGGCAUACUCUGCAAUUUGGAAUUGGUCUGCAUCAUGCAGGAUUGAAUGAUAGAGACAGAUCCUUGGUUGAGGAACUUUUUUCCAAUAACAAGAUCCAGAUAUUGGUGUCUACCAGCACGCUGGCUUGGGGUGUAAAUCUCCCAGCUUAUCUAGUUAUCAUUAAAGGUACUGAAUAUUAUGAUGGAAAAGCAAAGAGAUAUGUUGAUUUUCCUAUUACAGAUAUUUUGCAAAUGAUGGGUCGUGCAGGUCGACCUCAAUAUGAUCAGCAUGGGAAGGCUGUUAUUCUUGUUCAUGAACCCAAAAAGAGCUUCUACAAGAAGUUCCUUUAUGAACCAUUCCCUGUUGAAAGUAAUCUGAGGGAACAUUUGCAUGAUCACAUCAAUGCAGAAAUUGUUUCUGGUACAAUCUGUCACAAGGAGGAUGCAGUGCAUUAUCUUACUUGGACGUAUCUGUUUCGUCGAUUGGUUGUAAAUCCAGCUUAUUAUGGAUUAGAGGAUACUGAAGCCAGUGCUUUAAAUUCUUACCUCUCAAGGUUAGUGCAAAGUACUUUUGAAGACCUUGAGGACAGUGGAUGCAUAAAAAUGAAUGAAAAUUCUGUGGAACCUUUGAUGUUGGGUUCAGUAGCAUCUCAGUAUUAUCUGAGUUACAUGACAGUAUCUAUGUUUGGGUCAAACAUAGGCCCAAAUACUUCACUAGAAGUUUUCUUGCACAUUCUUUCUGCUGCUGCUGAAUUUGAUGAACUUCCUGUACGUCAUAAUGAGCUAAGACUAGGCAACGCCUUAAGUCUCAAGGGCUCCUACCAUAGGAAGGAAAAUAUCAAUAGAACAUUAUCUGAAAAGGUUCCAUAUCUUGUUGAUCAACACCAUCUUGAUGACCCACAUGUGAAAGCAAAUUUGCUCUUUCAGGCACACUUCUCGGGCAUUGAAUUGCCAAUUAGUGACUAUAUCACUGAUUUAAAAUCUGUUCUUGAUCAAAGCAUCCGUAUUAUCCAGGCUAUGAUUGACAUAUCUGCAAAUAGUGGAUGGCUUUCAAGCACAAUGACUUGUAUGCAUCUUUUACAAAUGGUCAUGCAGGGUUUGUGGUUUGAAAGAGAUUCAUCCCUGUGGAUGUUGCCUUGCAUGAACAAUGAUCUUCUAAUUCAUAUCAAGAAAGCUGGUAUCUCAACUCUGCAGGACCUACUGGGUCUUCCCAGUGCCAAUUUGCAGAGGUUGCUCCGACAGUUUCCUUCAUCAGAGUUAUACCAGGAUCUUCAGCAUUUUCCACGUGUUCAAGUAAAAUUGAAGCUUCAAGUGGAAGAUGGCAAAAAGCCUCCAAGUCUUAACAUUAGAUUGGAAAAAACUAAUUCCAAGCGUUUGACAUCAAGAGCAUUUGCCCCUAGAUUCCCAAAGAUAAAAGAUGAAGCUUGGUGGCUAGUUUUGGGAAAUGUUACCACCUCAGAGCUAUAUGCUCUGAAAAGAGUUAGUUUCUCUGACAGAUUGUUCACUCGCAUGGAGCUACCACCAACAGUGAUCAAUCCCCAGGAAACGAAGCUAAUUCUAGUAUCAGAUUGUUAUCUUGGACUCGAGCAGGAGCACUCCAUAGGAGAAUCUGAGAAUCAAUUCUCAUAAAGACUAGGAUUGGUGUAGGCCCAUCAGAAAUGAAAACAAGCUACCUGUGUGACAUAUCAAUGACGCAGUUCAGAAGUGAGAUACAAAGUACAAGAUUAUGAUAACUGGCUGUGGUUUCUAUUUUCAUUGAGAAAGCAGUGGCCAAUCAACCAUAUGAUUAUUUCAAGGCGAAUUGAAGAUCUGAAGUUAGUGGUCAAAAUGUAUAGUCCAAAACUUUCUGGUGGCUUGACGCAGUUCGGGCAUGUUGUUUCUGAGGUGCUUGCUUUCCUUCUCUAAGAUGAGCUCAACUGAUCUGUGUUUGGCUAAGUGCAUGGAUUAUCUUUGUAGGCCAUGAAAUAUGAUUGGAGUGGGUCAUUCCUAGUUAAUUUUGUAGUCACACACUGCUCAAGAGCGAUGAUAGGCAUGUCUCUGAAGCCUAAACAGAAACCAGAAUGAAAUUUAAAUUAGCAGAAGGGCAACAUUGAAUGGUCACCUUCAACAUACAUUCCUAGCUCGUGCUUAAAAUCUUGACAUAGUUUUAACUAUUUGGAGUUACUCGAUUUUCAGUUCUUAUCAUCAAAUUAAACUCUCAAGUAUCUUAAUUUUUCUCAAGUUUUGUAAGACUACUAAAUCAAAUUCUGUAUACAUAUCAAGAUUUGUAAUCUCAGAUGGUAUGUAUGGGGUAAAUUGUAUUUUAAUGGUAAGGCACCGAUUUGGUA